UCACCACCAGUCAACUUAUCAUACAGCCUACUAAUUAUUGUAGUCACCAAUAUUGGCACGCGGAACCCUUCAUGCUUCCCUCCUAAUCACCUUCCGUCCUCCUUAUUUCCUGGGUCACCUUCUACUGGACAGAAGCGCCAAUCCCUGCGCCAGCAAGCCUCUCCCCCCCAUCCCGCGCUCCCCCUCUUUACUUGCUCUCCGCCGCACUCCCACGUUCCAAUUCCCAGCCUCCGCUACCCUUCGCGUUCCGCCUGUCUCCGCAUUCCGACACGGGGAAUCCUACUCCCCCGAUGGCGGCGGGAUCGCGCGCGCUUUUUCUGGGGGUGGACGGCGGCGCAUCUUCCACCUCCGCCGUCCUACUCGACCUCUCGCGCGCAAACGCCGCUGCGCCCGCGGAGGCGGACAUGGCGGAAGCUGCCGGGCCGGCGGAGCUGACGGCGGAAGGCGCGCGCGAGUGCGUGGUGGGGCGCGGAAGCAGCGGAAGUUCGAAUAAGAACAGCGUGGGAGAGGCCAGUGCGCGCAGUGCGCUGCGAUCAGCCAUGGAAGGGGCUCUGGGGGCAGCAGGGGCAGCAGCGGGGGAGGUGGCGGGUGUGUGUGUGGGGAUGGCGGGGGUGGACAGACCCGCGGACGUGCAGCUGGUGCGCUCAUGGCUCAGCCCCUUAUUCCCCCACCUCCCGCCCUCCCGCCUGCUCAUACGUAAUGACGCCCUAGUCGCCUUCGCCAGCGCUACUCUUGGCAUCAUCCCCGCUGCUGCUGCCACCACCGCCACAGGCAUUCUACCGGACGAAGGGGAAGAGAGGAUAAUAGGGGGUGGGAGAGGAGGAGGAGGGGGAGGGGGGACGGAAGGGAGAGUGGAUGGGGAGAAUGGGGGAGUGGUAGUGAUUUCAGGAACCGGGACGAUAGCAUAUGGGAUGGCUGCGGACGGCCGGGAGGCGAGGGCGUCGGGGGGAGGGCCGCUGCUGGGGGACAAGGGUAGCGGAUACGCCAUGUGCUGCGACGCACUGGCGGCGGUGCUGCGCGCGUGGGAUGGGCGGGGACGUGUGACAUCGCUGACUGAGGCCGUGCUGGGGCAUGCUGGGCUCAGCAGCCCCAGCGAGCUGAUUGGCUGGGCCUAUGCAAACCCCUCAUGGUCCCGCUUUGCAGCGCUCUUCCCGUGCGUGCGAGCGUGUGCAGCAGCGGGCGAUGCUGCAGCCAUGGCUAUUGUCACCGAUGGCGUGGAGGAAAUGGCGCUGUCGGCCCAUGCUGUCGCCUGCAGACUCGGAUUCCCAGCGUCUCGCCAGCCGUUCCUUAUAGUCACAGCGGGUGGUGUGCUUACAGACAGUUCGCCGCCCAACAUUCCGCGCAUGUUUGACCAACAGAUCCGCAUGCUGCUGCCGUCUGCUGUUGUCAAGCCGCCACAGGUGGAGGCUGCUGUAGGGGCUGCACUCUUGGCUUGGCGCAUCACAUUGUGCUGAGUUUAAGAUGUUUGCAUGCUAGUGUGUUGUGGUGACUCACACAUCAGCACUGAUUAUGAACAACAUGAAUCUUGGAUUCCCAACACUCAGCUAUGAAAUCAGUUGAUUCUCCCGUACAUGUCACUACUUGCCACCAGGGCUCUCCCUAGAUGGCCGUUUCAGCUUUGUCUGAUGGAUCAGAAAAAUGUAAUGUGAAUUUCUGU